AUUCUGUUCCACCAGUCACUUUUGAUAAUUCAAAUUCAUCUUUGACUUUCAACUCUCCUCUUAUCGUAAAGAUAAGGCAACUGUAGCAAAACAAGUUUUCUUGUGAGCAUCUCCAGUUGCGAUAAGGCUUUUUUUUAACUUCUCAAGUUUAAUUUCGCUUUGGAAUUUAUUAUUUUUUCUGCUUAUAUCAGUACUUGUUGGUAGAUAUACAAAAAAAUGGCGAACAUUGGAAAACUUUUAGCCGGUCGUGCUCACAUUCUUCAAGCUGUGACACGGAACCAAGUCCCACGUUUAUAUUCAACAGCAUUGGAAUAUAUUAAAACUGAAAUAACCGGGCAAAAAAAAAACGUUGCCCUUAUCACUUUGAACCGGCCAAAAGCCCUAAAUGCACUGUGCAAUGGUUUGAUGAAAGAAUUGAGUUCGGCUCUAGCCGAUUAUGAAAAGGAUUCAGCAGUUACUGCUAUAAUCAUAACUGGCAGCGAAAAAGCUUUUGCAGCAGGUGCUGAUAUUAAAGAAAUGCAAUCAAACACCUACGCUGAUUGCAUCAUGGGAAAUUUUCUGAACGAUUGGACCAGUGUAGCAAAGUGCCAGAAGCCAAUUAUUGCCGCUGUAAACGGUUACGCAUUGGGUGGCGGAUGUGAAUUGGCUAUGAUGUGUGAUAUAAUCUAUGCUGGGGAUAAGGCACGUUUUGGUCAACCAGAAAUUGCUUUGGGAACGAUUCCCGGAGCUGGUGGUACACAGCGUUUGACACGCGCCGUUGGCAAGUCCAAGGCUAUGGAAAUUUGUUUGACUGGAAACAUGAUCAACGCAGAGGAAGCCGAAAAAAUGGGUUUAGUCAGUAAGGUUAUUCCAGCUGAUCAGUUGGUUAGCGAAGCAGUUAAACUGGGUGAAAAAAUUGGAUCACACUCAAGCUUAAUUGUGCAAUUGGCUAAGGAGGCUGUUAAUACUGCUUAUGAAACUACUUUGCAGGAAGGUUUAAAGUUUGAGCGCAGGACUUUCCAUGCAACUUUCUCUACAGAGGAUCGUAAGGAGGGCAUGACUGCUUUUGUUGAGAAGCGCCCAGCAAAUUUCAAUAAUAAGUAGAUCUAAGGAGGGAUGAUAUUUUUUUUACCAGUCUGCAUUUAUUGUUAAGAACAUAAUAAUUUUGGAAUCGAAAUAUAUAACAGUGAGAAAAUAUAACACAA